AUGAAGCUUCAAGUCGCCUGCGUGCUUCUCAUCCUCGUCAUCACUGCUAAAAACUCCUGCUGCUUCCAGGGCCAGACAGCAAAUGCUGCUGGUUUGUUAACGCAACAAAUGGAAACCAAAGAAGAAACUCAGGGUCUGCAGGCCCUGCUCCGGAGAUCCAAGCGCCACAACAGCCACUUCCCCAUCUGCACCUACUGCUGCAAGUGCUGCCGCAACCAGGGCUGCGGCUUCUGCUGCCGCACCUGA